GAUACUUCCUCGGAGGUCAGAAGUUCUACUUCCUGUUCGGCGGUAAAGCGUGUUCUGGUUUGUGAGCCGCUAACGUUACAGUGACGAAGCGAAGGAAUCGAACAUCUAACCACAGGGAGACGCAUUUGAACCGAAUUAAAGAUGAGUUUACCUCUGAACCCAAAGCCCUUCCUGAACGGUCUGACAGGCAAACCCGUGAUGGUGAAGCUGAAGUGGGGAAUGGAGUACAAGGGCUACCUGGUGUCUGUGGAUGGAUACAUGAACAUGCAGCUGGCAAACACGGAGGAGUAUGUGGACGGAGCAUUGGCAGGUCACCUCGGUGAAGUGCUCAUCAGGUGCAAUAAUGUUCUGUACAUCAGAGGUGUAGAAGAAGAAGAGGAGGACGGAGAAAUGAGGGAGUGAUGUUGGCGUCUGGUGGCGACUGCUCCUCGUAGAGUUGAGUUAAUCUGUUUGUGUUUUCACCAUGUGAAACAUAAGGGGGGCGGGGGGGUCAGGAAAGGGGUGUUGCUUUUCAAGCAGUUUUGAAAAUGCUGUUCUUUUUUUUUUUUACUGUAUAUGGAUUUUAUGUUGUGACUUUGUGAUACAGACACAAUAAAGUGAUUAUUGUACCAUU